AGCACGCAUGGCCGGUUUUGAGUAUCGACAGGACUUUAAAGAAAUUCCGAACCUUGAUUCUGCUGGGAUUAAUAAGUACCUGUGCUCUAAUUGUCUUAUGUACACAAACUUAUAGUUACAACUUGGGCAAGAUGACGCACUUUCCUGUUUAUAAGAAGAACUCAACUCUGAGAAGACAUACAACCAAUGGAAUCAUUGAUAUAAAUCUGUCCUCUAUACCAGACCCAAAGAUGUCUUCGGUAAGAAGGAUGCACUUUAAACAGAAUUAUACUGUUGGGGAGUGUUUCAAGGUCAAGGUCAUUCUCCGAGACAAAUACGGUCGAAGACUUCAAAAUGACGGUGAUGUACUUCGAAUCUGGCUGGUAAAUUACAAUUUGAAAGCGAAUGUGAUCGGUUCAACUACAUACAUAGGGAAUGGAACGUAUGUUGGUAAACUACUAUUGCCUUGGAAAGGAAACGGUACCGUGUUUGUGUCCAUUGCGCAGACUCGGCAAGCAAUCACUUCCGUCAUGUCUGCAAUUAACAAGUAUGGAAACCUAUACGAAAUGUAUGGACUUUUUAGUAAUGAAAUAGAUCGGUAUCAUGGACAGACGGACAAAACCCUUUGUAGUACGGUAUCGAUCCCGAGAAUGGGAGCGGACGUGUGCAACCUGACGUCACAAAACUUCGGGUAUUCGUGGUUCUGUGCCAAGCCUAAAUCCCUCCGCUGUGAAGAUUGGAAGGCAGUGAGUGGACGAAUCAAGACAUUUCUACCACAAUACAUCGUUACUAAAACCAGAAACCAAUUCAUGGUGCUCAGAAAUACAGUCAAAAUCCAGAUAGGUGGAGAAACGGAGAUAAUGUCAAGAAGUGUCAUGUCCUGUCACGACCUUCCAAAAGCGUCUACAUGGACGGAGGCAGUACCGACUGGAUUUUACUACAAAAGAAAAUGGAAUUUUGUAAAUUGUCGUAGUCGUUUGAAACGGACUGAGUGGUCCUAUCUGCAAUGUCUGAAAGGCAGACAUCUGCUGAUUAUUGGCGAUUCGAACACGAGAAACUUUGUAGCGUAUCUAAGGGUUAUAUUAAAGUUAUCGUUUUAUCCCAAUGAAGUUCCGUUGGGGCCAUACGUCCAUUUUGUAUUCGGGCACAAUCGUCCAUACAAUGUUUCCAUGUCAUGGUUUCCGCAUGAACACCCAUUCUUUAAUUCUCAAUAUUUGACGAUAAAGUCAAUGCAGUCCGUUGCCAAUAGACUUAACAACGUCGGUAGUCACAACAAUAGCAUAAUUCUGAUUCAUAUAUGGGCACACUUCGUCAGGAUACCCCCAUUUGUAUUUAGGCAGCACAUUCGGGGUAUUAGCAACUCCGCUCGAAGCCUGUUGCGCCGAUCGCCGGAAGUGAGUAUUUAUAUAAAAGGACCCCACGCUAUCCUUGACCGGGAAUCGGUGGCACCCAGUGACUAUUUACAGCGUGUUCAUAAACAGAUCUGGUUCGAGGAAUUCCAGCAUCUACAAGAAAAGGUAACAUUUCUGAAUAUGUGGGAUAUAACUGGAGGGACGGAGAACCAGUACAUACAUCCUGACGAUGAUCUUGUUACUGAUAUGGUUCAUAACUUCAUGUCCUAUGCCUGUCCGUCUUGAUCCCCAGCUUUGGCUUAGAUUUGAGAAAAACUUUGGCGCGAAGAUAUCACUUUCAUAUUUGUAAAAAGAUUAUGUAUCACAGCCCGUAAGUGUUGAUGUGUGACGUUCCGAUGAAAAGUUCGAUACGUACCCUGUUACUUCCAUCAGGCAAAUGACGAGUUAAGGUUGUGUACGCAAUGGUGUAAAUUUUGUACGAGAAGUAGCAAUAUAAUCAAUAUCAAUAAAACGUUGAUUCGGAUACGCUAUAAGUAUGUGCACUUUUUGGUUACAGGUGUACACAAUGGCACAUCAAAUCGACCAUUCGCUUCGUCUACGCUUUGUUAAAAACCUGGUCAUUCAUACCUGCUAACAUACUAGAAUAAACCUUUAUCUCAGAAGUUUUUUCAUGAUAUUUCUUAUCAAUUGAUCAAUAAUAAUGCCUCUAUCUUAAAUUCUGUAUCCCUAAACCAACUAAAAACUAAAAAUAAUAAUAACUGAAAUCAACUCCAGAACCUUUUAUUACAGCUGAAGAUAUGUGUGUUCAAAUUUUUAAAUGUGGAGGUAAUAGAAAAUUAAACAUAAUAUUGUGUCAAUUAAGAAAUAAAGUCAGUCAGUUAAAUGCAGACAUUCAACUUGCCAAUGUGGUUAUUUAAAUGAAGACAAGAUACACUACUUUUUAAGAUGUCCUUUAUAUAAUAAUGACAGGAUUGACCUUACCAGAUCAAUAAAUAAUAUAGAUUCACUUCUAAGAGAAAAUGUAAAAGUUCUUUUAUAUGGUAGUACAAACCAUAAUGACCAGGAUAAUAUGUACAUACUAGAAUGCACCAUGAGAUUCAUCUUUAAUACUAAACGCCUCUAAAUGUAUUAACUUAAUUAGUUUAAAUUAUUAUCGAGGUUGGUACAAACACUAUGUAUAAACGAUGGAUGGACGUUAAGUAUACAUGUGUACUAUUUAUUGGGAAUUGGCUGACCUUUGUAUAAACAAAUGGACUUUGUGGUCAAGCCAUUCCCUCUACAAUUCAAAGUAUUUGACCAUGUUCAAUAUUUAGUAUCAAAGUGUUGAUUAUACAAGGCACUGAAUCAUCACCCUGCCAUCUUAUAUUUAGCUGUAUUUUCAUAUUAUUACACAUUAUCUUAAUAGUUGAAUCUAUCUUGUAUUUUUGCUGGUCUGCAUAUCAGAUUAUAAUUUAGGUGACUUAGAAUAUUAGGCUCUGGUGAUUAGUGGGACAUUGGUACAGGAAAUACAGUCAAUUAGUGUAUAAUUUGGGAAAAGUUGUGUACAAUUUGUCAAUCACCUUUGUUAUUGUCUGGUGCAAGGACCUGUGUUGAUGCCUUGUUUGUGUUGUAAUAUUAUACUGAUCUGUACUCUGUAAAGACACAUUGUUAUUUAACUUGUUCCUUUAAUAAAUUAUAUUUGUACCUGUCAAUUGGGCUCUUGGUUGAUAUUUAGAGUUUUCGCAUAGUAAAUUAGACUGCUAGACUAUUUCUGACCAUUGUUCUCGGACCUGACAUAGAGGAGAUAUAACAUAUUCGACCGUGAUAAUCCAGGAUCCAGGAAGCACACUAUAUUGGUGAAACAAGAACCCCAUACUUCUUCGACGGCGGCCGGUGAGA